CGUAAUUACCAUCGAUACGGCCCCAAAUGUCAACCUCACCUGCACGCGCGACUGCGACGACUAGUAGUCGUGGUGCUCCCUGCUAGACAUCGGACGAGGCAAUGGCGACCGAACAGUGGCGGGAUAACCAUAUCCCCAGCUGGACAAUCAGCUGGAUGAGGCUGUAGCGGCCUAGGGGGCUAAAUCCCCUCUAAAAAGUUCUGGGACGGAAAGGAAUGGGAAGCUACCGUUACUAUUUUUCCCAAGAAAACCACCAUGAGAAAAGUCAAAAGGAAGUUUAGUAUGUCGAGCGCUCCGACUGACUCUCGGCGCCAGGACGAGUCCGGGUCUCCUGGUGUGAAGUUGGUUACCGGCUAUAAGCCAGUGCGUUAUCAGGCUGCUUAUAGAAAUUGGGUUACUAUUGACUCAAAUACUAGUACCACAGGGCGAUUAGGCCAUAAACAAAUCCUUAAUGUUGGCACCUGGAAUAUUCGCGGACUCUUGAGACCUGGGAAAAUCGAAAUAGUUUGCAGAGAGAUGGAAAGUUGUGACCUGGAUGUGAUGGGCUUAAGUGAGACUCACCUAAGAGAGUCCGGUCAUCUUGUCAUGGCAUCGGGUAAGCUGAGACUCAGUGCAGGUAAUCCAGAAAAUAGCUUCAGCGGCGUUGGGUUUCUAGUAUCAAAGAGAAUGCGUGCCAGGAUGAUCGGGUACAAUGCAGUCAAUGACAGAAUCAUUGCACUAAAACUAUCUGCCCACCCUUAUCCCAUCAACAUCGUACAAGUAUAUGCACCGACCUCGAAUUCAAACCAGGAUGAAAUAGACUCUUUCUACAACAGCUUGGGGAAAGUCUACCAAGAUAUCCCAAAGAAGGAAGUCACAAUUCUCAUGGGAGAUCUCAAUGCCAAGAUAGGCAAUACGCUAAUGGAUGACCAUGUUCGUGGCAUAGUCGGGAAAUUCGGGCUAGGGACUCGUAACGAGCGAGGGCAGUUACUCCUCGACUUCUGUGCGGAAAACAAUGUUUCAAUCAUGAAAACUCACUUCCAGCAUCAUCGUCGAAGGUUGUAUACAUGGAUCUCCCCUAACGGUCAACAUAGAAACCAGAUUGACUAUGUCAUGAUAGGAAAACGAUGGAAAUCAUCUGUCCUGAAUGUUAAGACGAGACCAGGUGCAGAUUGUGGCAGUGACCACCAACUACUUGUUGCAAAAGUUAAAAUCCGUCUUAAGUCAAUCAAACAGCAGAAACCUAGGAAGGUGGUGGACAUAUCGGGUCGAGGACAGGAGUUGUUUGCCAAUGCCAUUAAGGUGCGGUUGCGUGAUUUUGCCAUAGAUCCCUUCGACUCUGCAAAUGUUACCUGGGAACAGUUGAAACAGGUAACCUUGCAGACAGCGAGCGAAGUCGUCGGAACACAAGCAAUAGAACACCCUAAAUCACCUUGGAUGUCCGAAGAAACAUGGUCAGCUAUCGUCAGAAGAAAAGCCCGAAAGGAGGAUGGUCUCACGACUGACGCAGAUAAGCAUGAGUACAGACUGCUGCAUCAUGAAGUCCAAAGACUUUGCAGACGUGACAGAGAUGCCUAUAUAAAUGCUGUCUGCGAUGACACUCAAAGGGAUUCUGAACGCAUGCAUUCUAAGGACAUGUUCCGCAGAGUGAAGCUGUUGGCCAAAGAGUACAAGCUGAAAACCUGGACUAUCGAGGACGACCGUGGUAACCUCAUCAUUGACAGGCAGGCUGCGCUAGACAGAUGGAGGAGAUACAGCGAACAGCUAUAUUGCGAAAAGGGCUGCAAUGAUAUCGAAGAAAGGGUGGACUAUAACCAACAUGAGCCAGAUAUCCUUCUUCAAGAAGUUGAGGCAGCAAUCAAUAGGCUGAAGCAAAAAGCAUGCGGAAGGGACAGCGUAACCGCUCUAAUGUUAAAGAGCCUAGGCUUGGAUGGUACCAAGAUUUUACACUCCAUUUGCCAGAAAGUAUGGCGUACUGGCCAGUGGCCUGAAGACUGGACGGAAUCAAUAUUAAUUCCUCUCCAUAAAAAAGGCUCCACGCGCAAAUGUGAGAACUACAGGACUAUCUCCAUAAUCUCGCAUGCCAGUAAAAUUCUCCUCCAUAUUAUCAAUAAAAGACUGGAGAGU